AUGGAGGUGAUGGACUUCCCCCAGGCCCAGCUGUGCGAGCAGCUGGGCAUCGAGGUGCACGGCAUCUUGGGCAUGCCCUUCUUCGAGGAGUACGAUCUGGAUCUGGACCGCUACCGGGCGCGGGCGGAGCUCUACCUGCCGGGAAACGCGGCCUCGCAAGGCUUCUACAGCGGGGUGAAGCACCUGCCGGGCAUCGAGCUGCCGCAGAAGAACCUGGGCCUGGCGGUGAAGGGCAUGGCCGUGGAUGAGGCCGAGGAGGACCCCAAGGCCUUCAUCGGCUUAGUGGACACCAGCGCCGCCCACACGGUGGUGAACUGGGAGGCGGCGAAGCUUCUGGGCUUCGAUGGCCCGGAGGACGGCCGCCUCGUCCAGGCCGCCAAGGUGCUCGCAGCUUCUGCGGAUGGCAGCGCCGAGGAGAUGCCGGUGGCAUUGGUCCGGCUCAGCCUGUGCAGCGCGCCGGAGGGAGCUUGCCCACAAGCUUCUAAGCUUUUGGUGGCGAUGGUGACAGCACUGAAGCAGUCGAAUUCCUCAGAGGCGACAAGAGCUCCGAUGCAGUCAGCGGCAGACACAGUCGGUGAUCUCUGUUUCUCGCACACGUUUUUCUAG